ACGGUUUCUCAGAUGCUAGUGAGCUCGCAUAUGGCGCUUGCGUCUAUCUAAGAGCUGUGGACUCGUCGGACGAGUGUCAUAUCAGUUUGCUUUGCCCCAAGACUCGCGUGGCACCUCUCAAAACUAUCACAAUUCCGAGGCUAGAAUUGUGUGGGGCUGUACUUCUGUCAGAACUCGUUGGGAAGGUGAUAGAUUCGUUACAGCUCUCUAUUUUCAAGGCACGUUACUAGUGUAAUUCGACUAUAGUUUUAUCUUGGAUUAGAGCGGAAUCCCAUAAUUUCAAGAUCUUUGUUGGAAAUCGAAUAUCCCAAAUACAAACUCUUACUACUCCAAAGAAUUGGCAUUACGUAAGUACCACGGAAAACGCCGCUGAUCUUCUAUCGCGUGGUGCGAGUCCUGGGGUUCUAAUGUCCAGCCAGUUAUGGUGGCAUGGACCUUCAUGGCUCUCCAAAGGUUCUGAAUAUUGGCCCGUU